CCCCUCUGGAUAACGUCUCGGUAUUCCCCUGUGCAUCGCAUCACACCCGUAGAUGCGUCCCUGGCGACUGGCGUCGUCCAGACCUCCACUAUACAUAGGAUUGCCAUGUCGCGAGAACGAACUCGAAACUGAACAGGAUAGCCAGUACCCACUAGCUAGCGAGUAGCAGAGCACACAAAACGGGUGCCGUUCCAUUGAGAGAUGGAUGAGCUCAUGUCAUGGUUCGGCCAGGCGUCUGUGCUGGUCAGCGUUCUCACCGUGUGCUGGACCAUGAUCUGGCAGAACCUGCAGCACAUCCACCUGCAACAGUUCUUCUCCCGCAACUUCAACCGGCGCGCGCGGCGGCUUGCCGCGGCGGUCGACCCCUACCUGUCGGUCACCUUCGAGGAGUACGAGGGCGGCCGCAUCAAGAGCAGCGACGCCUUCGACGAGGUCAAGUCCUACCUCACCACGGCGACCGGCACGCGCGACGUGCGCCACCUCAGGGCCGAGUGCGGCGGCGGAUCCCGCUCGGACGCCGCCGCCGCCGACAGGGACAAGCUCGUGCUCAGCAUGGCCAAGGACGAGGAGGUCGCCGACGUCUUCAAGGGCGCCACGGUCUGGUGGUCGGCGGCCGCCGUGCCGCCGCCGCAAGACACCGUGUCAUGGAGGCGCGCGGCGCGCGCCGAGCGCCGGUUCUUCCGGCUGGACUUCCACGAGAGCCACCGCGACCUCGUGCUCAACGAGUACCUCCCACACGUGCGCAGGCGGGGCCGCGACGUCAUGGCCCAGAACCGCCAGCGCAGGCUCUACACCAACAUCCUCAGGGAAGGCUUUGAUGAUGAUGGUUUCUACCGAGACGUCUGGACCCAUGUCCCGUUCGACCACCCCAAGACGUUCGACAAGCUGGCCAUGGACCCAGCGAAGAAGAAGGAGAUCAUCGACGACCUGGACAUGUUCAAGAAGGGCAAGGAGUACCACAGCCGCGUCGGGAAGCCGUGGAAGCGGGGGUACCUCCUGCACGGUCCGCCUGGCACCGGCAAGUCCACCAUGGUCGCGGCCAUGGCCAACCACCUCAAGUACGACGUCUACGACUUCGAGCUCACCUCGGUGAAGACCAACACCGACCUCCGGAAGCUGCUCAUCGAGACCAAGAGCAAGUCCAUCAUGGUGUUCGAGGACAUCGACUGCUCCCUCGACCUGACCGGCAAGCGCAAGAGCAAGGAGGAGGAGGACAAGGACGACGGCGAUGGGGAGGACCCCACGCGCCGUCCGGACAAGAAGGGCACGAAGAGCAACGUCACCCUGUCCGGCCUGCUCAACUUCAUCGACGGGCUCUGGUCGGCGUGCGGCGAGGAGCGGCUCAUCGUCUUCACCACCAACCACGUCGACAAGCUCGACGCGGCGCUGGUCCGGACGGGGCGGAUGGACAAGAAGAUCGAGAUGUCCUACUGCGACUUCGAGUCCUUCAAGUUCCUGGCCCGGAUGCACCUCCACGACGGCGUCGUUGAGGAGCACCAGGCGCAGUGCGACCGUGUGAAGGCGCUGCUCGAGGAGGUGGACAUGGCGCCCGUCGACGUCGGCGAGCACCUUACGCCCAAGGCCCCCGUCGAAUUCGAGGACGCCGGACCGUGCCUCGCGAGGCUGGUGACCGCGUUGGAGGAGGCCAAGGAGAAUGUAAGAUUGGGGCCACAGGUAGAUGGGCAGGGCGUCGUCGUGGAGGAUGACGGUAAUUAGGGUCUAGAAGGUGUUGAUCACUCCAUCUGUUAUAUGUUUACUUUUUUAAUAAGGCUAGUCUCACCGGCUGGCUAUUGCUAAGCACUGGCAGAGCUUCUCAGAGGCCAAUAGGGGCCAUGACCCCCCUGAUGUGCAAACUCCAUUAGUCCCUAUCAUUAGAGGCCAGCCAGCCGGGCCGGGCCGGGCCCCUUUAAUUUGGCUCUCUUUUUUUGUCACCUUCA